GCACGUCUCUAUGUCUGCGUUUUGUUGCGCACGAGAUUUCGUCUCUAAAAGAUCAAAGGGGCUUCAGGAAGGGGUGGUCCUGAGUAGGGGGAUAUAUAGGGAGCCGGGGUCUGUCCUUCUUUAAGGCAAAAUCAGAGCAGAAACUAGACGGCACAGUAGAAAAAAACCUGCGCCCGAAGUCACAUAGAAACUCAAACAGCUGUUGAGUAUUCAAGAGAGGACUGAAAGAAGCACCAACGUCCCGAAGAGUUGGAAUUUAUCUACUGCUGAGCUUUUUUCGACCAAGAGAAUAUAAGACUCGAGCUUGAAGCAACAAGACAUGAAGUCUGAGCUGUAGACUAUUUUGAAUGGGUUUUGCACUGGAUUUGUUUCCGUUUUAGUUUUUUUUACACUUACACAAUUUCUGGAGGUGUUUUAGUUCUUGGACUGAUAUUUUUUAGUAAUUAGUGGAGUCUUUUACGGAUUUUACUUGCUUCCGCCAGACACUUCAAUAUCAUUUUAUCUUUCAGUUUGAAGGGUUUGACACGGAAUAUGAUGUGGUUCGUUUGCGUCUGGUUCUGUUUGAUUACCGCUCUGUGCGUGAGCGCGGCGCACGGCACAUGGGAGGAAAGUACAGUUGUACCGGUCAGACUCGACCCGGUUCGGCCGGAGAGGAAAGCCGAGCAGGGCCGGACCCUUUCGGUAGAGGAGCGAGAGAAGGAGUCGGAGAUGCGGGUCUACCGGUUGGACGUAUUUGGCAAACGGGUGGUCUUGGAGCUAGAGCCGGACCAGACCUUCCUGGCACCUGGGUUUGUGUUCCAUGUGGUGGGGAGCCCGGAGUUGCAGGCGCAGCGGGAAUCUGACAGCAGCACAGCCGAGACUCAGUGCUUCUUCUCGGGCACGGUGAACGGGGAGGAGGACUCCGCAGCUGCGCUCAACCUGUGCCACGGACUACGGGGCGGCUUCUACCUCCAAGGUGAAGAGUACUUCAUCUAUCCCAAUAAUUCGACUGAUGCACAGCCUAUUGAUGGGGACCUCCACCUCAUUCGUCGAAGAGGUCAGGCAUCUUUUGCAGAGGAGAGCAGCUCAAAGUGUGGGGUCAACGAGGACGAGGACAGGUUGCCAGAGAAUCAGGAGACAAAAGUAGACCAUGGAACCACUAACUCAGACCACCCAGCCCACCACCAGCGGUCCAAGCGCUUCGUGUCCACGCCCCGCUUCGUGGAGAUCAUGAUCGUGGCCGAUCAGUCCAUGGCCGAGUUCCACGGUGCCGGACUCAAGCCCUACCUGCUCACCAUCAUGGCGGUGGCAUCGCGCCUCUACCGCCACCCCACCAUCCACAACUCCAUCAGCCUAGCCGUGGUCAAGCUCUUGGUGGUCUACGAGGAGGAGAGCGGCCCCCAGGUGUCGUCUAACGCUGCCCUGACUCUCCGCAACUUCUGCCAGUGGCAGCGGCAGCACAACCCGCCCAGCGACCGCCACCCAGAGCACUACGACACGGCCGUGCUCUUCACCCGAACGGACCUGUGCGGCGCCCACUCCUGUGACACGCUAGGCAUGGCGGAUGUGGGCACGGUGUGCGACCCGGAGAGGAGCUGCUCCAUCAUCGAGGACGACGGGCUGCAGGCGGCAUUCACCGUGGCACACGAACUUGGCCACGUGUUCAACAUGCCCCACGAUGAUUCCAAGCAGUGUGCCAGCGUCAACGGUGACCAUUGGGGCUCGCACAUGAUGGCAUCCACCCUGUCCAACCUGGACCAACUCCAGCCUUGGUCGCCUUGCUCCGCCCUCAUGGUCACCUCCUUCAUGGACAACGGACACGGCCAGUGCCUAUUGGACAAGCCCCACAAGUCCCAGCCGCUGCCUGCCACGCUACCCGGAACCGUGUACGACGCUGACCGCCAAUGUCGCCUGACUUUCGGGGAGGAGUCACAGCACUGUCCCGACCUGAGUACCACAUGUGUGGCACUCUGGUGCACAGUGACCACAACCAACGGACUGCUGGUCUGUCAGACCAAGAACUUCCCGUGGGCGGAUGGGACGCUGUGUGGCCAUGACAGCUUCUGCCUGGCGGGACAUUGUCUGAGCAAGACUGAGGCCGCUCGUCACCAGACUCCAGUCAACGGUGCCUGGGGAGUAUGGGGACCAUGGGGAGACUGUUCCCGUACCUGCGACGGAGGGGUGCAGUACUCCUUCAGGGACUGUGAUAACCCUCUGCCCAAAAACGGGGGCAAGUACUGUGAGGGCAAGAGGAUCCAAUAUCGCUCCUGUAACACAGAAAUCUGCCCUGGUAGCAAUGGUGUGUCGUUCCGCGAGGAGCAGUGUCUGGCCCACAACGAUAUUUCGUCGCAGGUCUCAUUCGGUUCGGGAGAGGGCGUGGAGUGGGUUCCCAAAUAUGCCGGCGUCUCGCCCAAAGACCGCUGCAAACUGGUGUGCCGGGCCAAGGGCACAGGCUACUUCUUCAUUCUGAAACCCAAGGUGGCUGACGGUACUCCCUGCAGCCCGGACUCCACCUCAGUGUGUGUGCAGGGUCAGUGUGUGAAGGCGGGCUGUGACCGAAUCAUCGGCUCCAGCCGUCGCUUCGACAAGUGCGGCGUGUGCGGAGGCAACGGCUCAACCUGCAAGAAAGUGUCUGGUGCCCUGGAGCGUGCCAGGCCUGGUUACCAGAACGUCGUGACCAUCCCCGCUGGCGCCACUCACCUGGACGUGAAGCAACGUGCCCCCGGUGGUGGUCGCCAUGACAACAGCUACCUGGCAGUGUUGCGCCAGGACGGCACCUACCUCUUGAACGGCGACUACAAGCUGAUGACUCUCGAAACAGACAUCGCCCUCAAGGGGGCGUUGCUACGAUACAGCGGUAGCUCCGCCUCCCUGGAGCGUCUACGCAGCUUCUCGCCCCUCCCCGAGGCCCUGACCAUCCAGGUAUUGUCUGUAGGCGACUCGCCCCGUCCCCGUGUCAAAUACAGCUACUUUGCCCCGAGGCCCGCUUUGGCGUCACCUAGUGGUGGAACGGUGGCACGCCGCCAGUCCAUCAAUGCCAUCCGGGAGCUGGGGGAUGCUGAGUGGACCCUGCGGGAGUGGGGCCCAUGCUCGCAGAGCUGUGGGGGUGGUACUCAACAGAGAGAGGUGCUGUGUCUGGAUCCCCAGGGGCGGCCAUCGCGGGAGUGCCCGGAGGAGCUGCGCCCGUUGGCUUCACGCCCUUGUGCCACACAACCCUGUCCUUCAUGGUUCCUGGGGGAGUGGUCGGCGUGCUCCAAGAGCUGUGGCCGUGGGUUCCGCAAGCGCCCGCUACGCUGCGUGGGACACAACGGGCGUACGCUCGCCCACGAGAGCUGCGACCCCAAAGACAGGCCUCGACCUCUGCUGGACUUGUGCAACCAGAGCACCUGCUAAGACUGUCGGGACUCACCUCAUUAUUACGUCCCUGAAGAACAGCUCAUGAAAGAAAGAAAGAAAGAAAGAAAGACAAGGACUAAAACAACCAUAUCAUCAUGAACUUUGCGCCUGAUAAUACAUUGACCAAUCAUGAGAAUGUUUACAUCCCAAGCAGAGUGCUUUCGGGGGUGUUUUCGGGGGGUCUAAUGGGUCCAAUGUGGCUGACUGAUUGACUGACACUGCAGAGCCAACAACCUCUCUCUCAACUCCCUCCAGCUACUUUGAGGGUAGACUUUAGUAUUGUUUGGGUCUGCUCCGUGCCACUGCCACCCCUAGAACACCACACAGACUUGGUGCAGCUGCCCACUGGGCUGGCAUGGGGGCACAAUGCAGGCACACUGGGACCUUCUCCCUCCCUCUACACCCAUGUCAGUGGAGCUGAGAUGGAGGAAGAGUUUAAGUGGACACUUCUCUUUCGAAAAAGCAUGCUGCUUUAGGUGCCAAUGACAUGCUUGUGUUUGUGUGUGCGGUGGUGUGUGUGUGUGUGUGUGUGUGUGUGUGUGUGUGUGUGUGUGUGUGUGUGUGUGUGUGUGUGUGUGUGUGUGUGUGUGUGUGUGUGCGUGCGUGCGUGCGUGCGUGCGUGUGGGCUGUCUGUCCUAGCUGGACUGGACAGACAUCUUGGGGGGACUAUAUAUGCCAGAUGUAUCACUGUACAGAAUUGGCUACCUUGGGGUGAGGAUGUAUGUAUAUGUAUUAGAAACAAAUGAAUGGUCUCACUGCCACACAUUCCACUCCCUGUAUCGGUUGGAGGCACUCCCUGUUUCAAAGGUUGCAGAACAAAAGACAAUCCGAAUUGUCCCUCCUAAUCCAUACAACUUUGUACGCAACCAAACUAACUCAAUACAGUUCAUUUCAAUCAACUUCGGAUCAUUCCUGAACAAGUUGGUAUGUGCUGCUAACAUUCCAGUAGAAUCUCCCAAUAGACUCGUUCCAAUAGACGUAUUAUUCAAAAUGCAUCCCGGACUGAACAAAACCAAUUUCAAAGCCAUAUCACUCGGCCCCGCCCCAGACCAAAGAGGUGUGUGAGCAAGCGAACGCGCGUGUGUGUGGCUUCUCUCCUGCUACUACUUCAUAAGUAAGUCUCUCCUGCCUUCCGAGAAGGUUUUUUUUUGAUGAUGACGUUUUGUACAGAAUAUCCAAACAUAAUUUAUUUUUGUUAAAUAUAAUCUUGUUGCUUUUUUAUUAUUAUUGUUGUAUUUUUUAUUUGUUAUUAUAUUGAAAUAACAGAAGGAUGUAGAGUAUAUAGAGUAUUUAUACAGUAUUAUAUAUAUGGUCCUAGGUUUAUGAAUAAAGUAUCACGUUGACCUAUA